AUAAGGUACUCUUUUAUCAUGCAGAUUGGCCACAUAGAGGUUUUGCUGCCACGGGGAGCUCUAUCAUGGAAGCAAAAAAGUUGGAGAUGUUUGAAGUUGGACCCUGUAACUACGCCUACCAGAUGGGUUUCUCAAUAGGGCGGAGGUUUUCUAAUGAGAUAAGAAGCAGGUUAUCCAGAGAUCUCAUUCUUCAAAAUCAGCUACUUCCUUUCGCUCAAACAUUAGAGUCACAACCAUUGAUUAGAUCUCUCAUAGACAACAACAGAAAGAAAUUUCCAAGAUAUUGGGAUGAGCUAAUAGGGACUGCAGAAGGAAGUGGGGUCCCUGUUCUUGAUGUGAUACUAAUCAACUUCAGGAAGGAGAUUCUUCCUUUUCUUCCAAAAACAGAAACAAAUUCUAAGGUUGACACUUCAGAUGACUGUUCUGAUGUUCUCGUUGUUAGCGAUAGCAUGGCCAUCGCAGCUCAUAAUGAGGAUGCAAAUGUUGCUCUAGUCGGCCACACCUAUCUAAUCAGGGCAACUUUGUCGAACGGACAAUCCUUCGUUGGUUAUACGUAUGCUGGAGAACUUCCAAGCUGUGCAUUUGGGUUCAACACUCAUGGACUGGCAUUUACACUGAACUCAGUACCACCAUCUGAAGGUGAGAUCGUGGCUGGUGGAAUUGGACGAAACUUUAUCUCACGGGACCUCCUUGAAGCCAACAGCAUUGAUGAUGCAUUGAAGAGAAUACAUGCAUCAGAAGUUUCUGUAGGGCACAGUUAUAAUCUCAUAGAUACAAGGUCACGCAAGAUUCUGAAUGUUGAAACUGCAUCAAGAAAUCGAGUUUCAGUUUGUGAGGUCAGAGGAACACCGUUCUUCCAUGCAAAUAUGUAUCUUCAUCUUCAAGUUGAGCAGGUCCAAGAUGACAACUCAACAAGCAGGCAAGAAAGAGCAACUGUACUACCAAAAGGAACAAAAGAUGAUUUCCUGUCACUUCUUGGCGAUAUGGAUGACAAGAGAUACCCAAUUUACAUGACAGGUCCAACCCUAUACACGCUAUGCACGGCUCUGAUAGAUCUGGAUGAUCAAACACUAACAAUUAUUGAGGGAAAUCCAAAGAAUGGGAAAGUUUCCUACGUAUUCUCCACGUCUGAAAGAGAGUUGAACACAUCACCAUAAGAGCUGCCAGCAGCCACUCCACUGGUUGUUAUGGAAAAUAACUUUAAUCUCUAUACAGGUUCAUAGAGGCCCAAUACAUGACCAUCCAUACAUCGCAUGGCUGCAACCUGAUAGAAACAAUAUGUAUGAUAUCAGUAGACCUACUAUAAUUAGACUCAGAGAGAUUUUUUCACAUGUCUUGAUAUUAAGCUGAUUUACCUUUC